UAAACGGAAACAAACCUUCUGCAACAUGGCGAUUUUUCUUGGUCAUCAUUCAUCGCAAGUCGUUUGAUAAUUAUUGCGUGGCUGUUAUGGGAAUUUCCUGUCGUCGUGCGUUGUAUUUUCUUUUUGACAAAUUUUCGUCGUUUUGUUCUCCGUAAAUUUAACCAGUAAAAAUGAGUGUUGAUGCGUACGGGCCGAGUUCUCAAACGCUCACGUUUUUGGACACCGAAGAAGCGGAUCUUAUCGGAGCAGACACCCAGGGCUCUGAAUUCGAGUUUACUGACUUCACCCUUCCAUCUCAGAGCCAGACACAAGCGUCGCAACACGACCAUGGCUUGGCAACGUCCAACCAGGUGAAUGGCUUGGGCCGGACGGAUUUGUCUUCUAAGAUAUCGAGUGUGACUAAUGCUAUAGCAGAGCUACAGUUUGAGGAAGAGGAUGAAGCAUUGUACAGUAGUAAGGAGCUUCCCGAACAUGCGUGUAAAUACUGUGGCAUUCACGACCCCGCCACCGUGGUCAUGUGUAACAUCUGUAAUAAAUGGUUCUGCAACGGACGUGGCAACACGUCAGGAUCUCACAUCAUAAACCAUCUCGUGCGAGCGAAGCACAAAGAAGCGGCGUUGCAUCGUGACGGACCUCUUGGGGAGACAUUGCUGGAGUGCUACUCUUGCGGUGCUCGGAAUGUCUUCGUCCUUGGCUUUAUCCCAGCAAAAGCCGAUUCCGUUGUUGUUCUUCUGUGCCGGCAACCCUGUGCGGCACAGAGCUCCCUGAAAGACAUGAAUUGGGACCAGGAGCAAUGGAAGCCUCUUAUUUCCGACCGUGCUUUCUUGUCGUGGUUGGUGAAAGUCCCGUCGGAAGCAGAGCAAAUGAGAGCGCGUCAGGUGACGCCGCAACAGAUAGGUCGUCUUGAAGAGCUGUGGCGAGACAACGUGGACGCCACCUUCCAGGACUUGGAGAAGCCCGGCGUGGAUGAGGAGCCCCAUCAAGUGCUGCUCAGAUACGAGGACGGCUACCAAUACCAGAACAUCUUCGGUCCGCUGGUGAAGCUGGAAGCUGAUUACGACAAGCGGCUGAAGGAGUCCCAGACGCAGGAGGGCAUAGAGGUGCGGUGGGACGUGGGGCUGAACAAGAAGACCAUCGCCUACUUCACGCUCGCCAAGACUGACAGCGACAUGAAGCUCAUGCAUGGAGACGAGCUUAGACUCAGAUACGUGGGCGAGAUGCACAAGGCUUGGUCGGGCGUGGGCCACGUGAUCAAAGUGCCGGACAACUACGGCGACGACGUGGGCCUGGAGCUCAAGUCCGGCGCCGGCGCACCGCUGGACGCCACCUCCAACUUUGUCGUCGACUUCAUUUGGAAGAGCACGAGCUUUGAUCGUAUGCAACUAGCGCUGCGCAAGUUCGCGGUGGACGAGUCGUCAGUUUCGGGGUACAUCUAUCGGCGGCUGCUGGGCCACGAGGUGGAGGAAGUGCUCUUCCGCGUACACCUGCCCAAACACUUCUCCGCGCCCAACCUGCCCGACCUAAAUCGCUCGCAGGUGUACGCGGUGAAGCAUGCGCUGCAACGGCCUCUGUCCCUCAUCCAAGGCCCGCCCGGCACCGGCAAGACUGUGACGUCAGCGACCAUAGUGUACCAGCUGGUGCGCCAGAACGGCGGGCCCGUGCUGGUCUGCGCGCCCUCUAACACUGCUGUCGAUCAGCUAACCGAGAAGAUACACCGCACUGGACUCAAGGUGGUGCGGCUGUGCGCCAAGUCCCGCGAGGCGAUGGAGUCGUCGGUGUCGUUCCUGGCGCUGCACGAGCAGGCCCGCGCGCUGGGCUCGGGCGGCGCGGGCGAGUGCGAGCUGCGCAAGCUGUCGCGGCUGCGCGAGGAGGCGGGCGAGCUGUCGGCGGGCGACGAGCGGCGCCACCGCGCGCUGCGCCGCGCCGCCGAGCGCCGCCUGCUGGACGCGGCCGACGUCGUGUGCACCACCUGCGUGGGCGCGGGCGACCCGCGCGUGGCGCGCAUGCGCUUCCAGUCCAUCCUCAUCGACGAGGGCAUGCAGUCCACCGAGCCCGAGUGCAUGGUGCCCGUGGUGCUGGGCGCGCGCCAGCUCAUCCUGGUGGGCGACCACUGCCAGCUGGGGCCCGUCGUCAUGUGCAAGAAGGCGGCCAAGGCGGGCCUCAGCCAGUCGCUGUUCGAGCGGCUCGUCGUGCUCGGCAUCCGCCCCUUCCGGCUCGAGGUGCAGUACCGCAUGCACCCGGAGCUGUCCCGUUUCCCGUCCGACUUCUUCUACGAGGGCUCGCUGCAGAACGGCGUCAGCGCCGAGGAGCGCCGGCUGCACAAGAUCGACUUCCCGUGGCCGCGGCCCGACCGGCCCAUGUUCUUCUACGUGACGCAGGGCCAGGAGGAGAUCGCCGGCUCGGGCACCUCGUACCUCAACCGCACCGAGGCCGCCAACGUGGAGAAGCUCACCACGCGCUUCCUCAAGGCGGGCGUGCGCCCCGAGCAGAUCGGCAUCAUCACGCCCUACGAGGGCCAGCGCUCCUACCUCGUGCAGCACAUGCAGUACCAGGGCAGCCUGCACGCCAAGCUGUACCAGGAGAUCGAGGUGGCCAGCGUGGACGCGUUCCAGGGCCGCGAGAAGGACAUCAUCAUCAUGUCGUGCGUGCGCUCCAACGAGCACCAGGGCAUCGGCUUCCUGAGCGACCCGCGUCGGCUCAACGUGGCGCUCACGCGCGCCAAGUACGGCCUCAUCGUCGUCGGCAACCCCAAGGUGCUCAGCAAGCAGCCGCUGUGGAACCACCUGCUCGCCUUCUACAAGGAGCGGCGCGUGCUCACCGAGGGCCCGCUGUCCAACCUGAAGGAGUCUGCGAUCCAGUUCGCCAAGCCCAAGAAGCUGGUGAACGCGCAGAACCCGGGCUCGCACUUCAUGUCGACGUCCAUGUUCGACGCGCGCGAGGCCAUGGUGCCGGGCUCGGUGUACGACCGCGCGCGGCCGUUGCGGGACCCGCUGGCCUACGUGGGCCCCCCGCGGGCCGCGCUGCAGCCCGUGCCCCCCGCCGCCUUCCUGCGCUGCGGGCCCCCCCGCGGGCCCGGGGCCCCGCCGGCGCGGCGCCGCGCGCGGCUGUCGCAGGAGCCGCUGUCGCAGCCGCCGGCGCUGUCGCUGUCGCAGCCGGCGUCGCAGCCCGACUUCAGCCAGGAGUCGGCGGCGCCCGACUGCCCGUCGCAGCCGGACGGGCUGCUGUCGCAGGACUCCACGUACCAGGGCGGGUUCCGCCGCGCGGCGCAGUACUGAGCUCGGCGCGGCCGAGAGGCAGUGAGCGAGCCCCGCGCUCGGGCGACGUGCAGCGGCGCGAGCGAGCCCCCCGGGGAUCGUUUCGAAGUCAAAAAUUGUCGAUGUCUCACCGCUCUCCGCAGACGUGGCGGCGGGCCCACACGUCGCGGUACGUGAUCGAGUCUACAAAUUGCUAGUGGUACUGGAGUGCCGGCGAUAGAACAUCCCUUUCGCGAUUAAUUACUAUCCUUCAUCUUUUCUUUUAUGAUUAAAUUAAACGGUAAGCCGGUUAGCGGAGUAUUUCGUUUAUUAGCCGAUACUUUUAGAUUUGUGUUCAUGUAGGGAGGUUUAAUUUAUCAUCGUAUCAUCAAUGGUAGCGAACGGUCAGAAUACAAUGUAGAUCUCUUGAUUUUUUUCAUAGUAGAAUCGAAUGUUCUUCCUAUCCGGAUUAUCCGCGGCGAGGUGUGUUCAAGUUUGGAACUACACGUCGAGCGUACAAUAAAUUUUUAGUUAGCGGAUAGAACACGAACCGUUGUAGACAGAAUUGAUUGAGAGAAAAUUACCAGCUUAAGGACCUCGGCUGACUGAAAAUUCAUCGUAUGUCUGUCUAUAGACUAAUAUUAUCCUCGAGACCAGAGAAACGUCCUCUGGAGGGUUCAGGGCACCGUAGCGACAAUUAGAGACGACGACAUCCGUCAGAUGGAACUCCACUGUGAAAAAACUUGGGAUGAAAAUAUAACUACAUAUAAACGACAACUUGAUUGUUUUUCCUUCUGAAUCACUAACAUUCUAAAGCUCACGCUCGUAGCCCGCACUGGGGUAGGCAGAGGCAGAAGACAUCGGAUAAGUUGCAGAUACUUUUAGUAGCAUGAAAUAUGAUUAUAUAAUUCGUAGCGAUUUAUCAGUUACAGAAACUGUCCAUCCCGGUCUUCAUGGCGUGGUACACGUUCAUUAUGUUAAAUAUUACGAAUAUAUUAUAAAGCUAAAUAUAGUAACAAAUCAAUUAAAACUGUUGUAAUCGUUUAAAUUCUAUUUACUUGGCUUAUUGUUGUUCCCACAGGUAAAUGAUUAGUUUUCAAAGUGCUGAAAACACUUUUGUUAACUAGCUAAUUGUUGUCAAUUCAAAACUUGUAGUUACGUUUUAUUGUAACAGAUAUAGAAGCAGAAUAAUGGUUCAUUAAAAUGUUAAUAAUUUUACGCACUCUGGAUAUUGUAAAGUUGUAUAAACCGCUAUGUGGCAGAGGUAAUAAAUAAUUAACUUGUGUUACAAACGUUCUUGUAUUUGUAUGUAGAAAAUUAUCCGUUUUGUAACAACUGUUUAUAUUUUUUUAAGUUUUUGUUUUUGAAGGAAAAUCAAUAAAGGAUUUGUCAUUGA